UCAUCAUAUGAAGGUGAUAAGGUUGCCAUGAACAUAUCCUCCCCUAACGAGGCACAAAGAGAAUCUCCAUUUGCUAACAGAAGUCAAGAUUUGUACACAAUUUCUAAUCAGAAAAAUCCACACACUUUUAAAGAUCUGGUAUGUAGGCUACAAAGAGAUGAAGAAAGCUUUAAUUAUCUUGAAGUGUUUGGUGCCAUUACUGGAUAUGAACGUAGGUUUAUUGAAGAUGUGGUUUUGUACAGUGACAAUCAUAUGGCUAAGUUUGGAAUUUGUUCCGGUUCACAAAAAAGGCAUACAGCAUUUCUCUUUCUUCGAAGCCUGGCACUUCACAUAAAAGCUGAUGCAGAAAUGGUGAGAUUAAUGGCGCUACACCUUUUUGAAGUGAACUGGAAAGAGUACAACCUACAACUACAAUUUAAGGCAACAUAUGAAAGGGAUUUACAUCGGCUGGUAGAAGACUCAGAGAUGUUUUUGUUAGUGUUUUACCUUGGACAAAGCCAAGACUAUUUCUUUGGAAGUGAAGGAGGAUUCAGAUUUAAUGAAAUUCAAUUGGAGGAACAUCAGACUGUUUGCUUUAAUGAAGAGACAAAGUAUGUUAUCCUCAGUAUUCAAGGAAUCCCUGGAAAGUGCACAGAUGGGCAUCUGUGCAUUGAUGUGUCUUUAAAAAUCAAGCAUCUUUCUAAUGGUGUACGAAUGAAGAAAGAGGAGAUCCAGCGGUUGCUGUUUGGCUUUGAUGAAAAACGUUUCACCAGGAUGACUCCAGCCUUGUUCUUUCGCUUCAAAGAGUUGAAGAACAAACUAAUGCAGCCAUCAUGCAGCAACGUACAGGACUCACUGCCUUCACCUCCCAUAUACAAAGAAGCUGCUAAAGCAGUUAAAAGGAGAGGAAGUGAUUAUUUGGAAACAUUGGAUUCUUCAGUUAACAUGCCAUCCUCAACUCAUGGGUCACCACGUGAAUUUCUACGACAUCUCAGUAGAUUUUUGAACAUGGUCUUAGGUUACUCCACUGACCACAAUUCCAGACCUGUGCUUCAUCUUGACAAGCAAACCAUUGAGAGUCUUCCCCACCAAUCAAUGAAUAUAUCAAAUGCCUAUGUCUUAGAGCUGUUGGUGCAGUCAGAUGAGCCCUUGAUAUUUUUAUUGCCAGAGAAUGCAGCAAACUUUUUGACACAAAUAAGAGAAAAUGAAAAUGCUGGGCAAACUGAGGAAAAGAUGCAGCAACUUCUCAUCACUAAACUUCAGAACACAAUCAGAAGUGUUUUAGAAAUUCCCAUUUUCCAGAAUGAGAAGGUUUUGAAACAGCUCAUUCACCUACUGAAUGAAUGUAAUUAUCCCUUACCCCUGCCCCAGUUCCCUCAGGUCAGUAUCUCACCACAAGAUAGCCUAAAGAAACAAAACAACACACAAAAAACAUACUAUACAUUUUUGUUGCUGAAGACAUUACAAACAGUGAAGACAUUUUGGGAAAAGAGACAAAAGCUCUUUCGGCAAAACAGGAGUGCAACCAACCGGUCAAUGUGCAAACUGGAGGAGCUCAGUAUUGACUUUGAUCGUUUAUCUUACGAUUGGAUUUUGGUUCCAAAAUUGUACAAUAUACACAAUUGUGUUGGAUCUUGUAGAAUUCCAUUAAUGGGAAACGUAUCUAAUCAUGUUGUCUUACUUAUUAAAAUGCAGGAGCAGGGCCUUCCCACAAAACGAGAGCCAUGUUGUGUCCCAGUUGAAUAUUCUGAGCUACUCCUGGCCGUUGUCAGUGAACAAAGCAGCAUGAUUACUGUGUAUAAGAACAUGGUGGCAGAAGAAUGUAAGUGUAGAUGACCCAGGCAUUUUGGCACAUUUUAUGAUAUUGACUGAAAAUACUGACUUGCUUGUGAACAGCUCUCAUGGCACGUUCUCUCAGUCAAGUUGAGUAUUUUCUUACAGUUCUCCAUAUUUUAAUUCGGGAACCCAGAAGAUAUUUUCAGUCAAUUGAGUUAGGACCACAGUGAUAAUGGGAACUGCAGAUGCUGGAGAAUCCAAG